CCUUUUGAAUACCAUUCAAACAUGAAGUCCCUUUGUGCUACCUUAGCUCUCUUCACUCUUCUUUUGUUUGCUAAACCUAUUGAAUCCAGAGGAGGUGUAGGAGAAUACUGGAAAACUGUCAUGAAUGAGCAAUCUAUGCCCCAAGCAAUUGGAGGCCUCCUUGUUGAAGUUCCUGAUUUAACACCAAAAAGGAAAGCCGAGGACUGCCAUGAAAACAUGAAAAAACCAUUCGUUGGGGUUGAAGAAUUUGAGCCAAAUAUUUCAUCGUACCAUGAUGAUGAAAGCAAAGCAGAGAACUCUACGAAGGACACUGGCUCACUUCCUAAGUCUCAGGCUUACCCUGACAAGAAGCCAUUUGUAGCAAAAGAAGAGAAGCAGCCAUUUGAUGAAGAUUUGAGCCAAGGCCGAAUAUAUCUGUUUACAACGACUAAGAGAAGACGAAUUGAAUUCGUGCAAAAAUCUGGUCCUUUUUAAAAUAUAAUAAGCUCGUGGCUAGUGAUCGAGAGCAUUUAUGAUUUACGCAUUAUCUAAAGGUAGAAUUCGAAUCUCACUGUGAUGUAUGUUUAAUUAAGCUUUUCUGUGUCAAGAAAAGGCCACUGGCCCUGAGAAAAGUGUAGGUUUUAAUUAUGACUGUAAGAUAUGUGCGGUUUGGUCUUUAUGUGUCAAGCUUGAUCAUGAAUGUAAUGUGCA